GGAAGGAAAGAGGGGUUGUGGAGGGAAGCGGAACAGGGAGGUCUCAUGGGACGCUGGGGUCUGGGGCAGAGCAGGUAGCAGCGUGCCAUCACGACAGCUGUCUCUGCUCCUCAGACUGUCAGUGGCUGCUAUGCGGCAGGUGCAGCCUGGUCUCUCACUGAGUUUUACUCCACAGAGGCAGCGACCGGCCAAGGCAGUGGCUGGCCCUGGGUUACACAAGUGCAGACACUCAACUAAGUGAGCUGGAAGACCCAGGAGAAGGCCCAGGCCCAGGUGCCCACAUGAUCAGCACAGCCAGGGUACCUGCAGAUAAGCCUGUACGCAUCGCCUUUAGCCUCAAUGACGCCUCAGAUGAUACACCUCCCGAAGACUCCAUUCCUUCCAUCUUUCCGGAAUUAGACCAGCAGUUACAGCCUCUGCCGCCUUGUCAUGACUCCGUGGAAUCCAUGCAGGUGUUCAAACAGCACUGCCAAAUAGCAGAAGAAUACCAUGAGGUCAAAAAGGAAAUUGCCCUGCUUGAGGAAAGGAAAAAGGAGCUCAUUGCCAAGUUGGAUCAGGCAGAAAAGGAGAAGGUGGAUGCUGCUCAGCUGGUUCGGGAAUUCGAGGCUCUGACGGAGGAGAAUCGGACGUUGGAGCUGGCCCAGGCCCAGUGUGUGGAACAACUAGAGAAACUUCGAAUACAGUAUCAGAAGAGGCAGGGGUCGUCCUAACUUUAAAUUAUUAUGCAAUGUACACAUAUGAAGUUGGCAACUGCUUUGCGCUGGCCACAUGAUUUUUAUUUUAAAAGAAUAGUGAGUCGCAGCGAUUGCUACUCUGUAUUACCCACAUGGCAAACAUAGUGAGUUUAAUGCUUGUCAGCUUCUAGCUUGACAGAAGGGAUAUUUUACUACAAGUAAGAUCAUUAAUGCAAAGCUAUUCCCAGUAUAUGUUUUCAGAGAUCAGAAUUCUUUUCCACAUAUAUAUAUAUUUUAAUAUGAUCAUGGUGUAUAUCAAAGUAAAAAUGAUAAAAAACAGAAUAUUGGCCCCAUUGAGAAUCAUGAGCUGAGUUACAUCCAUGCAACACACCAGUAAAUGCUCCUUGUAGUUCCCUAUCUGUGUGUUUUUAAAUUUCAUGCCUUUAAUAUUUCAAAUGGGCUCAAAUCUAAACCAUCAGAAACUUCUCUGCAUAUAUUUACGUGCACCAGUCAGACUUCAUCCCUUCGGGAUCGAUUGUACUAAGAAUAAAUGGCUGCCUAUCAUAAAAGCUUCCUCAUGAAAAUAUUAGCAGAUAUCAUGUUUGUGCCCAAUGCAGGUUCGCCAGUGCUAAGUUGCUAUUAUAAUAAAAACAGAUAAGGUUG